AUUUACAUUUACACUGACAGUCACUUCAAGGAGGAGGAGGAAGAGCGGGGUGGUGUAACGGAGGAUGCGGAGGAACCCGCUGCGGGUACCAUCCGCGGCCGGGGUGCUUGUUGUGACCGUGGGCCUCCCGCCGCCGUCGCCCCGCGCCCGGACUCCGCGGCACCAAUGAGGCCGACAGCGAGGCGGAAAGCGGCCGCUGACGGCCACGAGAAUGUGCUGCUGCUGGCAAGUGGGCUUUGCCUGGACGCGGUCGUGCGCGGUUGACCUCGGCCGGAGCCAGAGUGUCUCGGCCGGCGGGAAGCCACCGUUUUAUGGGGCCAUCGUCGCCCUUCCCCUGGGCGGCGAGCGCGGCGCCAUCAUGUCGGCUUUAGGCUCCGACUCGUGGUGGCGGAAGACGCUCUAUUUGACCGGAGGGGCUCUGCUAGCCGCCGCUGCCUAUUUGCUGCACGAAUUGUUGGCCAUCAGAAAAGAGGAAGAGUUGGACUCCACAGACGCCAUCAUUCUGCAUCAGUUCUCCCGACCCAAAAGCGGAGCCCCGUCGCUGUCCCCCUUCUGCCUUAAGACGGAGACCUACCUCCGCAUGGUGGACCUGCCCUACCAGAACUACUUCGACGGGAAGCUGUCGCCGCAGGGCAAGAUGCCUUGGAUCGAAUACAACCACGAGCGCGCGUGCGGUUCAGACUUCAUCAUCGACUUCCUGGAGGAGCGGCUGGGCGUCAACCUUAAUCAGAGUUUAACACCGCAGGAGAAGGCCGUGUCCCGCGCCGUCUCCAAAAUGGUGGAGGAGCACUUCUACUGGACUGUGGCUUACUGCCAGUGGGUAGACAACUUGGAGGAGACAAGAAAGAUGUUGUCCGUGAGCGGGCCGCUGAGCGACGCGCUCAAGUGGAUCCUGAGUCACGUGACCGGCGGCAUCGUCGAGCGGGAGAUGUACGGGCACGGCAUGGGACGCUUCUCUAAGGAACAAGUCUAUGACAUGAUGGAGAAGGACAUGCGCACGCUGGCAACACUGCUAGGCAAUAAAAAGUACCUUAUGGGCUCCAAGAUUUCAACAGUCGACGCCACGGUGUUCGGGCACCUAGCGCCUGCCAUGUGGACUCUACCUGGAACACGACCAGAACAGCUCAUCAAAGGCGAGCUUAUCAAUUUGGCCAUGUACUGCGAGCGAAUUCGCCGCCGCUUCUGGCCAGAGUGGUUCGUAGACUUGGAGGACUUGCGCUUCCGCGGCGACACGUCAGAAAGCAGUGUGUCGCCCUCCGACCUCGGCCUCUACUCUCGCACGGACACCUUCCAGGAUGACGACACGCGCUCGUCCCACACGGCGCACACGCGACCCGAGUCGCCCGGUAGCGACCCGACGGGCGUGUCGCUGUACGACUCGGACAUGGAUACGGAGUGUUCUGAAAUGGAGCCGCUCAAGUGUUGACCAAAGUUGGAAAAACGCACCAGUUUGGAAAAUGACGUCUUGCGCCGCAGCUACUUUUGUGUGUGCGUUUGUCACAUUAGCGUAACCAUGGCAACUGUGUGCCCCCUGUGAGCCGAUGACACCGCAUCCUCUUGUGCAGACGAGAUGUCGUUCGUAUGGACACUUGCUCAUCACUGUAAAUACGUACAUUUAUAUAUGUAUAUCAGGGCUCCAGAGUAUAUACUUUGCAGAUUUAAACUAAUUUAAACAUUAUUGUUCUUUUUUGCUUUGUUGGUGGUCAUGCACAAAAAAAGCUAUUGUUAAUUUGAGUACAGUGAUCCCUCGCUACUUCGCGCUCUCAGUCCAUCGCGGAUUUUUUUCUCAAUUAAAAAAAAAAAAAAUACGGAUGAGCUGUCCCGAUCAGAUCACGUAGUUUCCCUCUCCCUCCUGCUGCUUUUCUUGCGGGUAGUUUACAUGGUGACUCUCCGAGAAGACGAAAAAUUUCAAAUUUGCAUUUAUAUGGUUCCGUCUCCAUUCGAACAAUGUCGCAAUUCCGCAUGAAAACGAUGUAGUAUUAAUGCCAGGCCCUGGGGGGCAGUGUCGAUUUACAAGGCGACAGCGAAUGAUGCACUUUGACCCCACCAAGCUCCUCAGCCCGGAAGAAAACAUGCCUGCCCACUCCAAGCAAUGGCAUUUUCCUUCUGCUCCAAAAGGCAAAAAAAAGGAAACAUUCAACAAAUUUAAAUUUAAAAAUAUUAUUAAAACAGUAAACUAAAGCAGACGUUCCGUCAUUUGCUGUUUUUAAUGUUUAAUAGCUCCGCUGUGCACGCCCAAUGUUACAUGUACGAGUGCUAACUUUAUCGGCGCGGGUCCCGUGCGGCAGGAGCUUUUGAUAUGCAUGCGGAGCAAGCCCCCCUCAAGCCCCUGCAAUCGAAUUCUUCCACUUUGGAGGCAGGAUUCAAAAUUUUUCGUCUUCGCCAACACCAUAUGCACGCGAGGCAAUUCCGCUACUCAGUCAUUGCAUCUUUGUGUCGCAGAGUCUCCAUGUAAACUGCCCCUUGGUCUGGCAGUACACUGGAGUUGCUUAACGAUGAUUGACAGACGUUAAGGUUUGAUCUUGCUUGAACUUUCGAAACUUCAAAGCGCCGCAUGCGUCAAUCAUCGUUUAGCUUGUUAAACAGUUGCUGUGGCAACUCAUUGUGUGCAGCUUGAGCGGAUUUGAGUGGACUCAGUCAAUGAGGCAUUUAAUAAAGACAAGCAUUUUUCUACUUUAGUCUUGUUUAAAGAUAAUUCGGUGAGACAGUAACAAGCCUAAAAGUUAUCGUAAUUAUUACAUUUGGAGUGCUUCAAAUCAAUUUCUUAAAAUAUAUAUACAUACACGGUUUUAUUUUUUUGUGUUUUUUAUUAUACUUCGGGGGGGGGAACAGUGGAAAAAAACAUGUCUUAUAUGCAGGGGUGCACAUAAUUGGUCCGCAUGCGCGAUUGCGUACUGGAUGUAGACAAACGCGCUGGCCCUCAACGGCUUCCCUAUGCUUUUGCGUACCGAUGGCUGACCACUGUAUUUGCGACGGACACGAAAAAAUCACUUCUCAAAAUGUCAAAGAGGCAGGCUCCACUGAGUAAUUAUUUCCAUGUUUCCCCAUCCCCGUCAAAAGACAAGACAGACGACAGAGACGUCACCGGAGCUACCGAAAAAAAGGACUUUUGCUGAAAAGUGGCUGCAGGAGGUAUCAUGGCUACAACCAAAUGAUGCUCGCAUGGAAAUGUGGUACAAAAUUUGCCACGAGAAUCCCAAUGCCGCCGAUAAGAGCAGCGCAUUUUAUGUAGGGUCAAAGAAUUUCAGCCAUCCAAACUUUGAAAAGCAUGAAAAAAACAGAGAGCAUGUGGCAAUUAAGCAAACUAUCGAUGUCAGACAGGACCCCACUCGCCCUAUGGACAAGUGGCGGAAUAAAGUUAAUGAAGAACAGCGCCAUGCACUGACAAACGUGUUUUUGCUCGCAUUUCACAAAGCUAAACAUGCACGUUCAAUGAGCUCUUAUGAGGAGGACAUCCCACUUUUACAAAGGCUUGGAGUUAAUGUGGGAGCCGCAUAAUGCUCUUUAUUUUGAAUUAGUGCUUUUAUGUUUAUUUCUUUACAUUUCACUUCAAAGUAAUGGCAAUUUCGUUGUGCCAGUUGAUAAUCAAGCAUUAAUUGUUAAUAUGAUUAAUUAAAGGUAAUUGGCUCAAAGUAAAGCUUGUCAUAAUUUUAUCGCAUCAGUCGGGUCGGCUCUCAAGCUCAUUGAGGACCAAGUCACAUCUCCAGGUCCUCCUCUGAGAACCUGGGCAAAAAAUAUGUGCACACCUGCUUAUAUGUAUCUGUUUCCAAUGCUAAAUCUGAAUACAUUGAACACACACACAAAAAAUUGAGGGAGGGGGGGGCGCUACUUCGCGGUUUUUCACAUAUCGCAGCAGGUUCUGGUCCCCAUUAACCGUGAAAAACGAGGGAUCACUGUACUCUGAAAAUUGAUUUCGGUUGCGCAUCUUUAAUGUUCCAGGUUGGGUGCUCUUAGUUUAAAAAAAACAACUAGUCUGUAGCCCUGAAAUAUAUGUAUAUAAUCAUAGUAUACCUAGUCUGCAAAUAUAUUUGGUCCCUUCGUGACGGUGUAAAUACGUUCCCACACGGAAUUAGACAAGCCCCUUCUGUUUAUUUUUCCAACCACAAAGACUACAAUGAAUUCUUUAAAUCUUCACUGAAAUUCCUUUCAUUUGCAAAGAAAAAAUACCUACAGAACCAAAUCAUUUUUUUUUCAUGUUAUUAUAAGUAUAAAUGUUCCCACAUGCUCCAAGGACGUCCUAAAUUAACCAAUUUACAUAGUGUCUUAAAAAGGUAUUGAAUUUCAUCUGGUAGGUCUUAGAUUUUCAAUUAUGAUGCAUUGUGUGAAAUUGUACCAGAGACAUUUUAGGAGUAACUGAUAUUAGAUUAGUUGUGAAAUUUAAGUGGUCUUAAAAAGGUCAUAAAUUUCACGUGUUGGAACCUUGAAGUAGGAUUUCAAUUUAUAUUUUUCAUGUUUUUUUUUUUCCCCCUUCCCUGUUUUGGUGGUUUUUUUUCACCUUCGAAAGGUGUACAACUUGAUCCAAAUUGCGAUUGCUGGGCCUUAAUAGAGUUUUAUUUUGAUGCGAAACACGCCAGUAUAAACAAAGCUAGACCAACUGAAAGUGUCAUAUUGACAACUGCAACAGGAAGAUGUGCUAGGAUGAGUCGUUCUGUGCUUCUGUCAUUCAGCAGAUGUACGCGACUUUACAUACAUGAAUUGACAACAGUUCCAUCUAUCUUUUUAGUUCAUGUUAAUGACAUUAUUGCCUUGUGCCAUCCUUUUCACACAGGGCCUUAAGUAUAUUUUGUUCUAUAUGUAUUUUAAGUGCAUAUUAAAUUAUCAUUUUUAAAAUAUGUUUUCAUAUCAUUUUGUAUUUUUUUUUCAUUUUGGUCAACUGAAUUUUUUGCCAUCAUUUAAAAAAAAAUGUAUUUCUUGGAUUAUUUGUGUUUCUGUGCGUUUUGUUGCUGUGUGCAAUCAAGAGUAAACUUUUAAGCUUUCCUUCCUCGCCAACUGCCAAAUCAACAUUUGUGUCAUGGGGGAGCAAAAUCAAAAAUUUCCAGGCACCCUAUUCUGCUUGUAGAUUUUAGAAGCCAUAUUACACUGUCUUGUUCAAUGUUAUGUGCAUUAUGUCAUCUCAUGAACUGUAAAUACACUGUGGAAAGCACAUUUAUUCCAUACCAACUGGGUAUGGACUAAAUGUUAAAAUGGCUUUCCUUAUCAAGACAAUGCUGUGUAUCAUGAUGUAAACGUUCUGAAUGUAUGUAGAGAUAACAGAAUAAA